ACAAAACAUUUCUAGCUACUUCUUUAGUUAAACUUUAGUUCUCCUUUAAGCAACAAAGCCACACAAACAUGUAUCCAUCAGGUCAGCAUACCGUAUAGUGUUUUAGUAUGGUCUGGCUGUUGCAUUAAAUAAACCACAGUGUAUCUAUAUCUAUAUAUAUCUAUAUAUAUAUAUAUAUAUAUAUAUAUAUAUAUAUAUAUGUACAGUAUAUUGCUGCCCCAGAAUCAUUCUAAAAUACACUUUAAUUAAACAGCCCCAAUACAUUGUCAUCCAUUGUACUGUGUUAGAUAAUGUAUAUUUGUAUCAUAACAACAAAGUGACCGUACUCAGUCAGUACCAAAGGAUAUUUACACCUGUUUUUACUAUGAGCUCCCUGGGACUUGCAGUGGCACAGACACGUAUCUUACACAAUGUAAAAAAGUACUCAAAAGAGCAAUUUUAGCAAAUAGUUUUUUAGGUAAUAUGUCCCCUCAAAGAAUGAAUAUAAAGAGAAGAUGAGUGAGUAUGAGCUGUGGAUAGUAAAGUCAAGUGCAUGCAGGUGAAUAUAGAUGGGAUUAGGCAGAGAGGCAUAACCAUUGCUGCUGUAACAUCUCUUGAUAACAUUGUAUUGUGUUCACAACUUUAGUCUGAAGAACUUCUAAUUUGUCAGUUUCACAGUAGCUGGUUUAUUCUCAUCAAUGUGUAUUUGUUUUAUUAGAAAUGAGUCUAUACUGGGGAUAUCAUUCACAUCAGACACUGCCCACAAUGGAGCUAUCCAAGGUCACUCACACACAAUUAAGCAGGAGCUCACUAAGCUGUCUGUAUGUUUUUGGAAUGUGGAAGGAAACCCAAACAAACAGACACUCAUGCAGAUAGUUCUAUCAUUGGAAUUGAACCCAGGACUAGGGGUUGUGCAGGUUCAGGCCGACUUCUGCACCCAAUUUACAGGUCCAGGUUGAACUUCCUUCCGUUCUCUCCUCCCAUGACUUUCCUGAGCUGGCUUCUUCCGAAAGGGUCUUUUUAUAGGCGUGCCAGUCCCCUAUUUGUGGAGCGUCGGGUGCAGUCCUAUAAAUAGAAAUGGCUGGGCGGAUUGUGUUCGGGUGCAGAUUGGCAGCUGGCGGGUCACUUUUUAUGAAUCUGCACAUCACUAAUGUACUACAAUAAUGAAAAUGCACCAUAAUAGAUGAUUAAAAAAGCAGCAGGGACAUUAUCCCAUUUGUUCUUCUCAUCUUGAAUCUAAGGGGAACAGGAUGACAGAGAAAAGAUUCCAGCCAGUCUAUUUACAGGGAUUUCCCACCACCUACAAGUCAGACCUUUUCCUUCAACUCAGUCACCACUAUGUAUGUAAAUGUCAACUGUGUAACAGAUUAAUUGCGCCCAUCACACUCAAACUGUUUAGCAUCUGAAUUGUGUGUUGUGGGGGAUUCUCUGAACACAAGUGCAGUGGUCUGUGACUCUUUGCCUUACAAUGUACACAAUAGGCACACUGAAGCCAAUCCAGCACCCAUCAUGCAAACUUAUGUAUACAAUUACUUAGCACUGACUUUUUGUCAUUAAAAAAACAGUUUAAACUCAAAUAGCCAAGCACCCAGUUGAUAACCCCAGCAGUUGUAAUUCCCCCCGCCCCCCAGGUACUUGUCACAGGCUCCUGUAAAGGGUAGAGAUAGGGGGUUGUUGUUUUGAGGAAGGUAGCCAUAUUUAAUGAAAACAGGACUUCAGCCUAUGGAAGGAUCGCUCCGCCCCCAGCCCAGGGUCAUGGAAGCAAGGAAGAAGAUCCGUUAGUAGUGUGAGAGGGUCUGUGGGCGGCUUUGAGGGAAAAUAUUCCGGGUGCAGCAACUACUUGUUACUGACACGUUCCUAUGAUUUUUAUAGGAACGUGUCAGUAUCGCUUUAAGGUUGCACCAAAUCGAUCAUUUGUAGGUUGGGCCACAUACCAAAUCCUCCACAAAUGCUUCAGCAAAUCAAAUCUGACUUCUAAUUUGAAGAUUCAGUCAUGAGUUGAGUCACAUGAAAGAUGGAGGAAUGCAGGAAUAAUAUUCUUGGAUAUUAGAGAUGAAUUUGGCUAGAAUUUUAACUGUAAUACAACUUGCAUAAUAAAACGGGUAUUAUUGGGUUUUGGUGGAUAUGUAUUCGUUCUACAGAACCCAGUGCCUGCAACCAAUUGAAGACUAUGGACUGAAGCUGAACUAUCUUGAAGGGAAAAAAGCAAAUUGGGGCGGGGGGAGGGCAGCAGAAAUACACAGUUACUUAAAUAUUUACACAGGAAUUUCUUUCUAUUAUAGUUUGACCAUGUGAUACCUAUGAGGUGCGAGUGGCAGUUCCUGGCAGUUCCAUUCAGCAACAUUGCUCUGCACAUGAUAUUGUAUUGACACCACAAAGCUCUGUUAAAUCGAUAGCACGAUGGCUCCGCUGCUGCCAGCUCAAGAAGCAGCCAGAAUCUACCACACAAACUACGUACGGAAUGCUCGUGCUAUCGGUGUUUUGUGGGCAGUGUUCACCAUCUGCUUUUCAAUCAUUAUGGUGGUGAUUUUCAUCCAGCCGUAUUGGAUUGGGGACAGUAUCAACACUCCACAAGCCGGCUAUUUUGGCUUAUUCAGCUAUUGUAUUGGCAAUGCCCUAACCUCUGAACUCAUCUGCAAAGGAAGUGCCUUGGAUUUUGCGAGUAUUCCUUCAGGGGCUUUUAAGACGGCCAUGUUUUUUGUGGGAAUAUCCAUGUUUUUAGUUGUCGGGUCCAUGCUAUGCUUCAGCCUUUUUUUCUUCUGCAAUUCAGCCACAGUGUACAAGGUCUGCGCAUGGAUGCAGUUGGCAGCUGCGGCUGGCUUGAUGAUUGGAUGCUUUAUUUACCCAGACGGCUGGGACUCUCCAGAGGUGAAACGUAUGUGUGGGGAUAAGACAGAUAAAUACUCGCUAGGCGCUUGCACAGUACGCUGGGCCUACAUCCUCGCUAUCAUUGCCAUUAUGGAUGCCCUUAUCCUCUCCUUUCUUGCAUUCGUGCUAGGAAACAGGCAGGAUAGCCUACUACCUGAGGACUUUAAGGUUGAAAGCAAAGAAGAAGAGAGUGGCUGAGGAAGAAAAAAAACCUUCAAAAGAAAAAACUACAAAGAUGCUGAAUAGUGUGUAUGUGUGCUUGUGGAUUUUUUGUACAGAAUUAAAUAGUCCCAAACAUGUAAAUGGAUGUGUGUGACUUCUUGUUCUAAACUGUUGGCUGGUUUAGUCAGGAUACAGAAGUACAAAGACACCCAAUUGUAAGGCAGUUGAUCAUUAAAAUUCAAUCUUUGUAGCUUUUGUUGAACACAACAUAAAAUAUGUGACAAAGUUGUGAAACAAACAUCUGCUGGAAUGGAGGUUUGUGUUGGAUUAUUUUCUUACAUCUUCUCCAAAAUCAGUAGCUCAGUGAUCAAGUCUCAGUGAUUACACAUCGUAAGGGGCCAUUUACAUAGGAGAACACAAUGUCCAAAAUAAAGUCUGCAAUCAGCAUCUUGUUCCCCACUUUACACACAUGUUCUGCUUUUAUCUGGUGCUCGGGUGCAUUACCUGGGACCCAAGUGUUGAUGAGAGAAACUAGGGGUGCACUGGAGGAUAUGUAAAUAAUAUUUGCAACAAGCUACUCCCAUGGUUUCCAGGCAAGAUCAUGCAACCCCAACAUGUGUGUGAUUAAGCUCUCUCUGUUGAGCUGGUACCCUGCUUAUGGAUGCAG